AACGUUGUCAUCCGCAAAUCUGCAGGGUCAUCUGACCAACAGAAAGAAACAAACCAGAACAGUGCAGGAGCCGGAGUUCAGCUCGACGCCAGUGCUCCUGCUUCCCCGGAUAAAUCGGAUCACGGCCUGAUGCUCGCCCCCUACCUCGUUUCUUCCGAGGACGAGGCACCAAAACUCCCUUUCCUG